CCCCCGGGUCUGUUCCCCAACAAUACCCACUCACUCACCACACCUUAUUCCAUCCGCAACCCUCCGUUGCCUCUACUGUCCAUUGCAAUCCCGAAUGGUUUUCUCUUACUUACAGCUCCUGCGAUCACUUUAGACUGCCUUACUGCCCUGCUAUCUCUCCGCAAUUGCCGUCAUCAUCGUUAUCUCGGAUCUCCGAUCGCUCAUCUACCCACACUAUCUAGAUCGCGCGCUUAACCUCCUUCCUUCGGUCCAUCAGCAGCAUCAGCAGCAGCAGCAGCCAUGUCCGCCAAAUUCCAAGAUGAGGCCGUCACCUCCCUACGGAAAGACACGAAAGAAUUGGUACACAAAGUCGGUGAGCGACUGACUGGCGGGGGGUAUCUCAAUCUCUACCUCCGCCAACUGCAGCAAAACCCCCUGCGCACCAAGAUGUUGACGUCGGGAGUGCUGUCCGGUCUGCAGGAGAUCUUGGCGUCCUGGAUCGCGCAUGAUGUCAGCAAAAAUGGCCACUACCUCAGCCCGCGGGUGCCCAAGAUGGUCCUGUACGGCAUGUUCAUCAGCGCCCCGCUGGGCCACUUCCUGAUCGGGAUCCUCCAAAAGGUGUUCGCUGGACGGACUAGCCUGAAGGCCAAGGUGCUGCAGAUCUUGGCCAGCAACCUGCUCGUCUCCCCCAUCCAGAACGCCGUGUACCUGACCAGCAUGGCGGUCAUUGCCGGUGCGCGCACCAUCCACCAGGUCCGCGCCACCGUCCGGGCGGGCUUCAUGCCCGUCAUGAAGGUCAGCUGGGUGACCUCGCCCAUCGCGCUGGCCUUUGCGCAGAAGUUCCUGCCGGAGCACACCUGGGUGCCGUUCUUCAACAUUGUCGGGUUCGUCAUUGGAACCUACGUCAACACCCACACGAAGAAGAAGCGCCUCGAAGCGCUCCGGAAGCGUUACGACCAGCGUCGUGGUCCCGGCAGCGAGUACGACAAGGGCGACUACCGGUAAAUACUGUACAUAUGAAAUUCCAACCCCCAUGACCAUCGCUGGUCAAUUGAGGGUAAUGCGGCCAAUAUACCCAUGACGACCACCUCCUCUUUCACCUAUGCCAUCUACAUAUACCAUCUACCUAUACCACCCACUCCAUGCCCCCGCCCCGAAUGAUGUUUGAUCUGUGAUAUGUCCCGUUCAUGGCUCUGGCGUUGCGACGAGUGUCUAUCCUGCUAUGAGACAACCAUAUUUACGUAGUAUAUCGCCAUUUGAACCGCAAAUGAAAAGCCAUACCUUAAGCCCC